UCACUUUUAAACCGCAUGGACAGACCAUGGAAGCAGCAUAGAUACACAUUGAAGAAAAAAAAUUUCGAUCCAGUGAAAACUCCAGAACAGAACUUUGCCAAUCUGCCUGAUGGAGUCUCCUCUAAGAGUUGGUCGGAUUUGGUUACAUAUUGGUUUACACCAAAGGCCAUGGAAAAAUCUGAACUGGGAAAAAAUGCUCGAGCAUUACAAGACCGUAGUCACAAGAGUGGUGCUACAAGCUUUGCUAAUCGAAGAGCUGAUUUGAAAAAGAAAGGGGAGUUUAGCGAAUUGGCAUUUUACAAAUCAGUUUAUGCCAAAGAUGGAAGCUUUGAAGAGGGCACACCCUCUCAUCAAUUUAUGGAGGAAGCAAACGAUGAGGUCCAAGAAAACCUUGCGAGUUCCUCUUCUUCCUUGUCUAGGGUUGAAAUUGAGAAUGAGGUCUUUAAUAGGCUUAUGUAUAAAGGUGAAAUACCUAAACGUCCUCUGAAUUAUGGGUUUGGAGUGAAGCAAAGUGACAUCUUUGGAGUGGAAGGUUUGCUAAGGAAAGAAGGGUCAAGCUAUGUUAACAAUGGUGCCGUGGAAGUGGAGAACAUAAAAGGUGAACUAUCAGCUGUAAAGAAGCAAAAUCAGGAACUUGCACAACAAAAUAAAGCUCUAAGCACGAAGUUUGAUGAAACAACGCAGUCAUUUAAAAUGAUUGCUUCUUUCUUAGGACAAGUUUUGAAGGAAGUACGCAAAGGAAAUGUUUCAUCAGAUCUUUGGUGCGGAAUCAGCAAUACAUAUGCUGUCAAACAAGGUACUUUCACUACUUUGCUAGCAUUUGCUUUGUUAAAAAUUAUUGACAACACUGUAAUGGGCAUAUCUGGAGUUUUGGAGGAAGGACCUUUAUGUUUCAAAGGGGAUCAGUCGGUUAUAGAAGUGUUUUCUUCAGUGUCACACGGGGAACUGGAUUCAUGCACAGGGCAUUCCAGGCUUAUGGGAAGCACAGAGGCGGGCCCAUUGGGGAAUGUUAGGAAAGGAGUACUGCUUCAGAUAUUUAAUGUUCUUAGUUUUGAUCUUUCUUAA